UUUGCCUUUAUUUACACAUUUCAUAGCCUACUCCACCAAACCAACAAAUGCAAGUGAGGUCUUUGUAUGCUGUCAAAUUCUUGACGUCAAACACAAAUCAAGUCCGGAACAAGAGUUUGGAUUAGGGUUUUACAGACAUAUUUCAGAAAUAGAUAAAUGAAUAAUAGUUCUGAAGGAGGAGGAGGAGGGGCGAGCAAUGGGGGGAUGUUGUACCACGAGGUACAAGAGUCGAAGCUGUGCGCGGUGCAUUGCGUGAACACGGUGUUGCAGGGCCCGUUUUUCUCGGAAUUUGAUUUGGCGGCGUUGGCGUCGGAUCUCGAUAGUAAGGAGCGACAGAUGAUGAUGGGCUCGGUCACCGGAGAUUUUCUCCCUGAGCUCUCGCAUAAUGUCUCUCUCGAUGGAGACUUCAGCAUCCAGGUCCUACAAAAAGCUUUAGAAGUGUGGGAUUUGCAAGUCAUUCCCCUGGACAGUCCCGUGGCUGAGCCAGCUCAGAUAGACCCUGAAAUGGAAAAUGCAUUUAUUUGUCACUUGCAGGACCACUGGUUUUGUAUCCGGAAAGUGAAUGGAGAGUGGUAUAAUUUUGACAGUCUCUACGCAGCACCUGAGCACCUCUCCAAGUUUUACCUUUCAGCCUACCUCGACUCACUGAAGGGCUUCGGCUGGAGUAUUUUCCUGGUGAGAGGAAAUUUUCCUACGGAAUGCCCCAUCACAUCCUCUGAAGCUUCCAAUGGCUAUGGGCAAUGGUUGUCACCUGAAGAUGCCGAGAGGAUCACGAAGUCAUGCAAUUCAGAUUCAAGAACACGUGGAGGAGCUGGUGAACGGCAGCCUUUCGACCCCAACAUCCAAUAUGAGGAAGCAGAAAUGUUCGUGGAUGAUGAAGAUGAGGAUUUGAAAGCUGCAAUAGCUGCCAGCUUAAUGGAUUCCGGUCCAGCCAUUGCAGCACAACCUGGAGGCACCUCCCAAAAGGAAAACAAGAACAGCGCUGGAGAAAACGCAUGAGGACACAGUUUUAAGGUUAAUGAUGGCUUAUUGGUUUGUUUAUUGGCUCCGGUUGCGCAAUGUACAUUUUUAUUGUUCGACAAAAAGCUGAAAAUUUUACUUAAUUUAUCAUAGUAUAAUGAUAAUUGGGAUUAUACUACCAUUUUUA